AUGGCGACUAUCAAAGGCACCUGGAAACUCGUCCAGAGGAACAAGUUGCUCCAACGCUCGUCCCAAACCCUCUCAACGCUCGGCGAUCGCGCCUUGAUCUUCGGCGGCGAGCUGCAUCCUCGCGAACCUCGCGACAACGACGUGCAUAUCCUUAAGAUCAUUCCAAGGCCCAAUGUCUGCGCUCUACAAGAGUACGGCAACGACCCCAGGACGUCACCUGAGAAUGCUGGCGGCUUGCCUUUGGCACGCGUAGGCACAGCCAGCACCGUUGUAGACGGCAAGAUCUACUACUUCUCUGGUCGUGGUGGUGUAGACAUGGCGCCGGUUGAUGAACAAGGCAAGCUCUGGCAAUUCUGCUUCUCUGAUGCCCAUGGCGUUGGCUGGCAUGAAGUCUCCCCUGCCGACAACUCGCAACCCGUACCGGAGCCUAGAAGCUAUCAUUGCAUGACAUCUGAUAAAAACACCACUCUCUACGUACAUGCAGGAUGUCCUACAUCUGGCCGCUUGUCUGAUCUCUGGGCCUUUGAUGUCGAGGACAGGAAGUGGAGACAAUUAGCUUCUGCUCCCGGCGCUCCAAGAGGAGGAACUUCGAUCACGUUCUCGGAUGGAAAGCUUUACCGUAUGGGUGGUUUCGAUGGUAAACACGAACUGGGUGGUGAGAUCGACAUCUACGACAUUGCAUCUGACAAUUGGAGCACACACACUUUCACACCCGAUGGUAACGAAGGUCCUGGUUGCAGAAGUGUAGGAAGCCUUCUUGCUAUCAAUGUUGAUGGUAGGUCAUCCCUCAUCACUGCAUUUGGGGAGAGUGACCCGAGUGCUUUGGGUCAUGCUGGUGCUGGAAACAUGUUACCCGAUGCCUGGCUCUGGGAUAUCGAGACCAAGAAGUGGAGCAAGAUUGUUGUAGACGAGGGUGCAGAGAUGCCACAGCCUAGAGGAUGGUUUGCUGCUGAUGUUGUAGUGAUUGAGGGUAAGGAAGGCCUUAUCGUGCAAGGAGGUCUGGCGGAGGAUAACCAGCGCUUAGAUGACGCUUGGGUCUUGAGCUUCUGA